UAUCAGUUAUUAUUAUUGCAAUAAAGGACACGAAAGGUCCGCUUUAAUCUCUGUUUGAAAAUUGGAUUAUUUAUCCACUGUGUUCCAAUGGAAUCCAAAAGCAGGCAGAUUUCUGAAAUGUUUGACUAAAUUCCUGUCAAAAUUUUAGAAAAUCACAUGCACCAAACAGAAAACUAAAAAAAAAAAAACCUAGGAAGGAAACCAAAAUCUCAUUUAAGUAGAUAACCCAAAUUCACAAGUAAGUUAAAAUCAAAAUGGAAAGUGCCAAAAAGAAGCAUAGUGCUGCGAAAAAAGGAAAAUCGACACGGAUGCCCACUAUCGGGUACUGGGAAUCACCUCCAGAAGUGCCAAUUCUGAACAUCCGCAGCAUGCUAACGAGCCUGGAGAAGGAACUAGAACUACUGAGUGAAGCGAGUGAAGUCAAAAAGACGGAAGGGACAUCGUCAAAACCGGGUGUCUUCUUAGCCCAGACGAAGCUACCACCACCACCGGUACCUCCUAAAUUAUUGCAAAUAUCUCAAUGGCCGGAGUCAUCUAAGCCGCAGCCCGUACAACCAACGGUCCCUCGACCGACCGUGCCUCAACCAGCUCGUCCUGUUGUCCGACAAACAGCGUCCCAAACGCCCGUCCCAAAAAUCGCAUCAGUUCGUAACAUACCGUCUGUGGCACGUCACUCAUCUUAUAGUUUUGAUCGCUAUAAACGAUACAAAACCCUGGUUUUGAAUGCCUACCAGAACCGUAAAAUCUUCACUAUCUAUGGUCACUAUCCGGAGCUUAGAUCGGCUCUAUUGGCUCGUGGUUGGCUGGAAAAACUCCCAAAUGGGUCGCAUCGAAGUUUGCAGAAAAUGUCUCAACAUAGUCUAAUAGUAAACGCCAAAAACCAUAACGAAUACGAGACUGUGGUGCUGUCCAAAAUGCUUGAGAGCUAUCCACCCUAUUUUAUCUGGCAACCGAAGAACCACUAUGACUACCACAAUUACGCAAUGCCUUUUCGUAACCGAAUCCGACUACGUGUUGACUUUGACUUCACUACGAAAGAGGGGUUGGUGUCGUGCGUGAACCGUGCUCAGGAGCGUGGUACUUUGGGAGCUGAGCAUCUGAUACACCCUCGAACUUACAGAUUGGCAUUCAACAACGAGGUUGCCGAAUUCACCCGGAAUUUUAGAUUGACUCAUUGCUUCAAUUUACUGUUGUUUAUAAGCGAAAAGUCCACCAUUGAAGACGUAUUUAGUGCAGUCGGAGAAGUCGAUAUUUGCUGUCUAAAUUUCGCUAUGAGUCGUAUUGAAAACGAACUUGCUGUAAAGAAGGGUCAACCUUCGGAUACCUCUGAAUACAUGUCAAUCAGCCCAGUAGAGUGGGAGCGAUUUUUGAGCGAUAGUGACAAAGUCAUCAACAAGGGGAUGAAAUUCGUCUGGACUAACACAGAGCAGAAUACACAUCUGGAGAAAUCUAAAAAAAUGAUUGCCGAAGUAAAGGAAUGUUGGCCAACAUUCAAAAUGGACGGCUAUUCAAACGUGUGGAUUACCAAGCCGUCAAAUUAUUGCCGGGGGUGCGGCAUUAUAUUGGCAACUGAUUACAAUAAAAUUUUGAAUCACUCAAAGAGGCACUUUAAGCUUCGGUACAUUGCCCAGAAGUAUAUUGAACGACCCUUACUGAUCUAUAAGACGAAAUUCGAUAUUCGACAGUACGUCCUUGUGACUGUUGAAGAUGUUAUAACGAUUUACAUGUACAAGGAUAUGUAUGUCAAGUUUUCAUCGCAGGAGUUCGAUUUGAAAAGGCUUCAUGAGUCCGUGCAUGUUACCAAUUUCGCCGUGCAAUCCAAGUAUAAGAACGCAGAACGCUCUGACCUUCUUCCUCCCCACAACAUGUGGUCCUUAGAGGAGCUGAAAAACUACUUCAAGUUGAUUAAAAAGGAUAAUAUUUGGGACGAAUUCAUAUUUCCGCGCAUGGAAAACACAGUGGUAUCCGUUAUGAUGGCCAGCUUUGAUUCAGCUGACCUAGUGACGAAUGCCUUUGAGUUGUACGGGAUUGAUUUCAUGCUCACGGAAGAUUUUGAACCUGUUCUAAUCGAAGUCAAUGCAACUCCAGAUAUGACACAUUCUACGUGUGUCACUGCCAAGAUUUGUCCAGCCACAUUGAAUGAUUUAGUGAAAGUUGUAGUCGACCUGCCUAAAAACCCGCAUGCAAACAUCGGUAAAUUCAAGCCGGUGCAUAAAGCAGUUUGGUCAAGAGGAACCAAUAACAAACCUAUUAUCCACAACAAUGCGAAUCUGUCGACUACGCCUACCACAACGCCGCUCGUUCCGUCAGCUCCUGCCAAAGCAGUGUCCCCCGUAAAGAAGCCAAAUACAAAUAUUUCAACGCGACUUCCACUGAAGGGAAACCGGACUGGAAACUACCGACAACAAGUGAUUGCCAAGAAACAGAAUACCACCAAGCGCAAGGUCGUCUCCGUACCGAUGACAAAAGACGCAAGCAAUCGUUCAAAAACUAAACCUAAGUCAACACACAAACUCAACGUGGUCAUCGCGAAACCGAUUACCAAGAGCACCAAUGCCUUCCUGCAGCAUUUCUCGAACCAGGUCCGGAGUGUCCAGUCAGUGAAAAAGAAUACAUCUAGGAAGGAAGCUAUUGCCAACCAAGUGCUUCAUGUUAUCGAGGCUCUCUACAAAAUCAAAAACAAAGCAUUCUCAAAUACUGACCCCAAAACACUCCUCCCUGACAAAAAUAUCCUUUUGAAGUCCUCGGCAUCCAAGAAACCCUCUCGUAACCACAAAAACAAGAAUAUCAACCACGAAAAGUUUGUGAAGAGUCUAGGGGAGGCAUUAUAUAACAAAAUCUGGAACUAGUCCUUGGACAGUUGAC